AUGAGAUCUAAUCAUUAAUACAAUUAUAAUUAUAAAUUAGACUAAAUAUUUUCCAGAGAAAAGUAAUCAAUCAUUUAUACAUUCAUUAGGUCUUAUGAUCUCCAUUUGAAAAAAUUGAGUGAAAUUAAAAGCAAAAAAUCUCAUUCGUAAUCAAGAGUCUAACAUAUAGAAAUCUUAGAAAAAAGAAAUAAUAUCAGACAAUAAAGAAGGCGUUUUGAUCUCAGUGGUAUGUUUUCAUGAAGAUUUUAUUAAAUUUAGAACAAUCAGAACGAAUCAAUAAAGGAAACAGUUAAUUAUAUUAAAAAAUAACAGAAAUCUGCAAUAGGCCUAUGUAAUAAGAUUACUAUAAAUACGAAGAUGAAAAUCUACAUCAUCCUCAUAAUUUAAAUUUAACUUUUCGCAAAAUACAAGCCUAAUAAAUUUAACAUGAAAACAUUAAAUUAGCUGAUCGACUCAUGAAACAGGAACCUGUCCUAAAAAUGGACGAAUAUUCUCAUUAAUAUAAGGAAAACAAAAGGUUGAUGCAAAGACUUUAAAGAUAUCAAUAAUGUCAACAAUAUGUUAAUUCAAUUAGGUAAUCUUCUAUCUAUUUUAGAAAUAAUUUGACUCUAUCUAAUCGUGAUACAACAAAUAAUAGUUCAAUAUCCUAGAAGAAGAAGGAUAAAUUGUAGUUAUAACCAAUACUCAAGUAAAUAAACAUAUUUAAAUCCUAGUGUCAAAAAUAAAUCAAUUGAUGUAACAGAGUUAGAAAAAAUCAAUUAUUUAAUAAAUCAUGAAGACGAAGCAACUUUAAAGGAACUUCUAUAAUUAUAAGAAAAGUAAUAAUAAUAAGAUGAAAAGAAUUAGACAAAGUAAGAAUUGCCUGAAAUUCCUCAACUUAAUGAGGAAUCCUAAAUUGAAACUAUUAGACAAGAUGAAAUAGUAGAAAACCAAAUCUAAUAAUAGAUAGAUAAUGAAGUCAAACAAUAAAGUGAUGAUAUUGAUUAAUAAUGA